AUGGUGGAAAGCAAAGAACAUCAAUCUCGUCGACGCGCUGUUGAGGCCGUCGCGGAUACCAUUUCGAAUCUUCGGGAGGCCCAAUAUGCGCACAAAGACCUUGAUCACCUCCCCAUCCAGAUCCUUCCAAUGCCCCUGUCGAACGACGGGGACCCCUUAUUUCAGUCUGAAUACUUCCAGCCCUGCCGAAAAUUGCUCCAGGACCCCAGUGAGGAAAUCGAAUACCCGGCUCACAAUCCGCACCACCCACUUUCAACACCGAUGAGCGAAGCUUCGGAUAUAUGGCAGUUCCUCACCAACUACCUCGACGAUGCCAUGCAUCAAGGCUGGGUGGGCAAGUUCGAUUCCCCAAGACACGUCAACGGAGACGACGACCAGAUCACCCGCGGCGAGAUCCUGAGUAUCUGUCGGAUUAUGAUCAGAUGCCUCCGCGCGAAAAGCUAUCUUGCUUAUAAAGUCAUUCCGGUCCUACUCAUCUCCUUCAUGGGACCUCGACAUGCUCGCAUCCUCCUGGCUCAUCACAAUGGUACCGACCUGGUCGUUCGUCAAUCCAAGCUUCUUGAUUUCAGGGAGAAAAAUGUCCCGGCCUUCAAGAUCUUGCUCCGAUGGUGGUGCUCGUCUGGGACUGGGGAUACCAUCAUUGGAUGA